CCAAAAACACACGAGACAAGGGAAAAAAAAGAAGAAAAGAUCCAAGGAGGCUUGAAGAUCAGCUUAGGGUUUGGAAGACAAGCGAAGAUGAUAGAGGUUGUGCUCAACGAUCGGCUCGGGAAGAAGGUCAGGGUCAAGUGCAACGAGGAUGACACCAUCGGCGACCUCAAGAAGCUGGUGGCGGCACAGACCGGCACCCGUUCCGAUAAGAUCCGCAUUCAGAAGUGGUACACCAUCUACAAGGACCACAUCACUCUCAAGGACUACGAAAUCCACGACGGCAUGGGCCUCGAGCUCUACUACAAUUGAAUUCCGCCACUCUUCCACUCUUUGGGUCAAAAUUCAUAUCAAAAGAUACACCGUACUCUGGGAUGUGUUUGAUCUGUUUGGAAAUACAUAUUAUGCUACAUAAAGAGACACUGAAGCUUUUCUGGUGAUGCUGUGUCCUUCCAUGUAAAAUGUUAAUUGGGCAUAUAUGUGAUCUGGAUAUGUGAACACCCUAUACUUGUUCAACUAUAUAUCUAUGGAUUUAACUUCUGCCUGAAAA